CCUGCGGCCGCUUCCGGUCCAGGCGGGCCUGGGCGUCGUUUCUGCGUGGCGUCCGUGGCGAUGCUGCGCGCUCUGAGCCGGCUGGUCCGGCGGCCCGCGUGCGAGCCCCCGUCCCUGCUGCUCUUACCUGCACGCGGCCGCAAGAGCCGCCACGACCCGCCUGCUAAGUCCAAGAUCGGGCGCGUGAAGACGCCGCCCGCGGUAGACCCUGCGGAGUUGUUCGUGCUGACGGAGCGGUACCGGCAGUACCGCGAGACCGUGCGCGCUCUCAGGCUGGAGUUCGUGUUGGAGGUGCAGAAGAAGAGGCACGAGGCACGAGCCGGGGUCGCGGCGAAGCGCAGGGCGCAGGAGGACGCCGAAGAGCAUCGGGAGCUGAUGGCCUGGAACCAAGCAGAGAACCGGCGGCUACAGGAGCUGCGGGUAGCGCGUUUGCGGCAGGAAGCGCAGGAGCUGGAGGAGCGGCAGGCGGAGGAGCAGGCCCACGGAGCCCUGGAGGAGCAGGCUUGGGCGCAAAUGAAAGAGCAAGAAGUGCUCCGAUUGCAGGAGGAGGCGAAAAACUUCAUCACCCGGGAGAACUUGGAAGCUCGGAUAGAAGCAGCAUUGGACUCCCCAAAGAACUAUAACUGGGCCAUUACCAGAGAAGGGCAGGUGGUCAGGCCUGAGCACAGAGGCUCCUAGAGGCCCAGAAUAACAGUGCCUGCCCAGGGACCAUGUGUAUCGGGAGGGCCAGCCUGAUUUAAAGCAUUAGUGCUUCCUGAGAAGAUGGCUCUGCCUUUUCUAGAUCAACAACAGCCCUGCACCCCACCCCCACCCCAGUAUAUUCUGUCCUGUGCACUCAACACUUGGUCAGAAACUCCCAAACAUAGUGUGCCCUGUUCUACCAUCACAUAGAACCCUCAAGGACAGCCUUAGAAUCCAGGAAUUUUCUGUCUCAGAUUGGCCGACAUCCCGUUUGGGUAGCCACACUAUCCUCUUGAGUUUCAUGGAGUACCUUAAGUGAAAUGUAGCUUGCUUUUAUAAAUAAUGUGUUAUUGGAAUUCA